AUGAAGCGGACACAAGGCAACUCGCCAUCAUCGCCGAUAACCGUCUCAUCGUCCCCGGUGCACAAAAAGAUGAAAGUUUCGCCGCCCGUGGCACAAGGCAUUGUCCAGCCCGACAUGAAUGACGAUGGCGGUGACUGGUUCAAGGUCGAAAAAGGGAAGGCGAAGAAGAUGAAGAAGAAGGUUGCAAAAGUGGAGGCGAAUCCCCCGCGGUUUAUGUAUAACAAGGCAGAGAUCAUGAAGAGGAGGGAAGCAGUGGGCGUUAAUGAUAUUCGCGACUUGAUUCUGCACAUCGUUGCAGACGCCCCUCCGCCAUCGUGGGUUCGAGUUGAGAACCCUCGGUCUAUACCAAAAGUCGUAGCCCUAUUGAUACCGGGUCUUACUCCCGACAUCCUUGCUCUGCCUCCUCUUCCGACGUCUGCGACAUCCAAUCCGAACGUGCCCAUAUCAGUGCCUGUCCCCUCCACAUCCAGUUCACAACCCGGUGUCCCUUUCAUAUCCUCGACAUACAGCCAUGCGCUACCGACGCGAGCGCCUGGGGAUGCUACAAAGAUGCACUCUGUGAUGGCGGAGUUCUUUCACGGGCCCGUCACGGGCGAGGAACAGAAACGAAGGCUACAGCAGCGGUCUCCGUCAAGUUACCUCCUGACCCUCGACCAGAUGAUCGAGAACGACUACCCCGUCCCGUCGUACAUGAGCAGCGCUUACGAGAAGGCUGAUGGGUGGGUCGAGACACCCCAACCCGAGCCCUCAUCAAGCGCACAGGCAGAUUCUCCCGUGUACGCCAUCGACUGCGAGAUGUGUCUAACAGAAGACGGGAAAGAACUGGCGCGCGUAUGUAUUAUUGAGUAUGCCACUGGCAAAGUCAUCUACGACCGGCUCGCCAAGCCGCAAAAGCCCAUCCUGGACUACCUCACGCGGUGGUCAGGCAUCACAGCAGAAGCUCUGGCACCCAUAACGACGACGUUCGAAGAAGUGCAAUCAGAGAUCCUCGCCCUGCUCUCUGCCAAGCCUACCCCCAUUCUACUUGGCCAUUCACUGGAAUCCGACCUCAAGACCCUCAAGAUCUGUCAUCCAUAUUGCAUCGAUACGGCAAUCCUGUUCCAUCAUCCUCGAGGGCGGCCAUUUAAACCUGCCCUAGCGUGGCUGACGAAGAAAUGGUGUGGUCGGAUUAUCCAGGCACGGGGGGAGGGAGGGCACGACCCAGAGGAGGACGCCCGAGCGUGUCUGGACUUGUUGAAGAAGAAGGUCGACAACGGUCCAGGCUACGGCGAGUUCAAGACCGACAUGGAGUCUAUCUUUGAGCGGAUGGCUAGGUCGACUGGACAUGGACCGACCCCCAUCCGGUCGGCCGUCGUGGAUCAUGGCAAUCCGGCUUCCAUGCACGGCGCGAAGGCCACUUCCACCGUCGCCUGCAAGAGUGACGAGGAAAUAUUCGAAGGGCUGCAGCGGAUGAUCUCAGAUCACCAGUUCGUAUUCGGGAGGUUCAAUGCUGUCGCUGACGCACUGGGAUGGAUAACAAACCGAUCGCCUGAUGCGCCUCCAAAUGCCGAAAUGGAACCAGUUCCGGAGCCGGAUCUGAGAGCUAUCCUCGACAGAUUAAAUGCGCAGUUGACGGCGCUCUACGCGUCUUUGCCGCCUUACACUGCCCUCGUUAUUUUUACCGGGCACUCAGAUCCGCGUGCGAUGUCGGCGCUGAACGCACGCAAGUCUGCGUUUGAAAGCGCGCUGAGAGAAGGGAAGACCCUAUCGGACCUGGAUAAGGAUAGCUGGUGGACAAACCAAGAUGCGCGAGACCUGGAGGAGCAGGUUGAGCGGGCAAAGCGGGGGUUGUUGUUCCUCAACAUCAAGUAG